UAGACGGUCUGUAGCGGCAAGAGAGGCGGAAGGAAGCGGGCGCUGCAUCGCUUGGCUUUGCACAUCUAGCACCAAACUGCGAGAGCUGCCUCCGGACAUGGGCGAUGUGGUUGUUGCAAUCGCUCUGCCGCCCGCCCCUUCUAGGUUCCCGGUACGCGCGAGGGAUUCGGCUCGCCUGCGACUUCUGCACCUGGAAGGGCAGGCCCGCAAAGCCUGAGCCGCUUCUGCAAAGAGAUCCGCGCUCCCGCUGCAUGACUGGAUCUUCUCAAGACGUUUCCUAUAAACACAUGGAAAACGGAGGACGGAAGAAGACAGUUAUCUGCAUCGAGGGGAAUAUUGCAAGCGGGAAGACAACAUGCCUGGAUUAUUUUGCCAAAAAUACCAGCAUUGAGGUGUUGACUGAACCAGUAUCUAAAUGGAGGAACGUUCGUGGUCAUAACCCUCUGGGCUUAAUGUACCAAGACGCAUCCCGCUGGGGGAUAACGUUGCAGACUUACGUGCAGCUGACUAUGUUGGACCAGCAUAUAAAGCCAAUGAUUUCACCCAUUAGAAUGAUGGAGAGGUCAAUCCACAGCGCCAAAUACAUUUUUGUAGAAAACCUUUACCGAAGUGGGAGAAUGCCGGAGGUGGAUUACGUGGUAUUGACAGAAUGGUUUGAGUGGAUCAUAAAGAACAUGGAUGUUUCAGUUGAUCUGAUAGUUUAUCUACAGACCUCUCCUGAGACAUGUUAUGAGAGACUGAAGAGAAGAUGCAGGGAAGAGGAAAAGGUUAUUCCUAUGGAAUAUUUAGCAGCUAUUCACCAGCUCUAUGAAGAGUGGCUCAUUAAACAAACAAUGUUCAAAGUUCCUUCCCCGGUUCUUGUGCUUCAGGCUGACCACGACCUACAGGAUAUGAUGGAAAAAUACGAAGAGAAUCAGGACCGAAUAUUAACCCUUUGCACCAGGCAGCAUUGUGUAUAGAAACAGAUUUCCCUUAAUGUACAGUUCUUGCUUGUAGAAACCAGUUCUAAGGAGGAGACCUGAGGAAAAAAAUGUUAUAUGCACACUUCAUUACAUCCUUUCUCUGAAUAAUAAUUAUGAGGGUUUUUUUUGUAGGAUGCAAUAUUGUACACUCCUUGUGAUUUGUAAAGUACCUUUUAUGUUGAAUGAGAACUUAGGGAAAAACAGGUUUUGUUAUAAAUUUCCAUCUUCACUUGUAGUUAUACACUGACAACUUCUAUUAUUCCAAAAUGUUGCUGCUACUAUAAAGCUAUGUCAAAGACUGCUUUCUAAGAAGGCCUGUCUGAAAUGUCCAUGUAUAUUCAAAUCUUACUCUUACUUAAAGGAUUUUUUUUUGUGAGUUGGGAAGAAAAAUCAAGCACUGGGUUUGGUUUCACACUUCUUUCCAGUUCCACUGUGGACUGUUGCAAUGUCUAGAUUAGCUCUAACUGUAAGAACCUUGCAAAACCUAUCACGUCUCCACUUGGAUGUAUAUGUACAAUGUAUUUCCUAUUUGAUGAUUAUUUCAAGGAAUAGGAAGCUGUGGUGUCACUGCUGGGGUUUUUCUCCCCUUGGCUUUUAAAGGGAUGAGAGAGGCAGUUGCCAUCAUGCUUUAGUGCUUUUUUUCUAGCUAGCACUUGGUUGCCAGAGAGUAAAGGAGGAGGGAAGGGCAAGAACUUGUCAAUUGCGCCUUGACUGAGAUGAAGCAAUGGCCGGCAAAUGGCAUCUGCGCUUCCGGAGGAGUUUUGUCAACAUUGCCAACCUAGUUUGCAGAACCCUGCUGAAUUGUGAGCAUUGAGUUCUUGAAGGAUGUUACAUAUAAAUAUGUCUGAGUACACUGGGCUGGAUCCACACUUAAGGUUCUGUUGAUAUCAAUGUGCAAAGCUAGUCACGACUCACUUAAGUCCCAUUGAUUUCAAUGGGAUUUAAGUGCAACUCAUCUGCAGCAGCAUCCUAGGCAUAUCGAUUUAGAUGUCAUUCCUAUUACUGCUGGGCAAGUAUGUAUAGGAUGGCUGCUUUAGUCUAGAUCCAGCCCUGAAGAUUUUAAACUUAAAGCACAUAUCUAGGGCACCAUUGUGAGCCGGGCUCCACAGGUGUACUGCUUUAAGCUCUUUUGUAAAUGUGUGUUUUAACAUGAUGACAAUAAAUGCAGUCAUUGUUUUAUUUA